CACCGAGCACAGAGCUAUAUCUGUCCGCCGGAGCCGCACACGGAGCGCCGCCACCGCGGGGGACAGGAGGGCUUAUCCGGGGAGGAAUUUCACGAUCUCCGACCCACUCGGCCCGAUGGGACCGCCGGCGCUCUGAGGAAGAGGAGAGCGGAGGACAAAAGGAGGCGGGGGGUUUGGAAGGACGGAUUUGGUGGAUUGGUUGGGGGUGCAUGCUCCCCCUGCGGCCCGCCCCUCCUUCAUCAUCAUCCUCCUUCCCGCUGCUCUCUGCUUCACCGUCAGGCAGACAAAAGGCCCAGAAUGUGCAGUGAGGGCAGUGUGGGCUGGCUGAGGGGGGUCAGAGGUCACGGCGGGACUCUGCCCAGGACUAGAGUCUGGCUGCUGGUGCUGCUGCUCGCCGCCGCGGGCUGGACGCCGCCUGCGGCCCGCGCCGAGCUGGAGCUGGACAUGCUGGGAGGACUGGUGCUGCUGGAGGCGGGCGGCGACGGCGAGGAGCUGGGCGGCGACCUGGAGGCCUCCAUGCACUCCUCGCUGCUGCAGGACUUCCAGGAAGCGAUGGACAGCCGGCGGGCCGCGGAGCCUGGCAGCGUGGCGGCGAGCCGGCAGGAAGCUGCCGCGUCCUCAGCUUUCCCAGACUCCUCGGCGGCGGUGGGCCGCGUUUUCCAGAUCAAGGUGCCAAACAAGAUGGAGGAUGUUCACCUGGGAGACAUCGUCAAGGUGACGGAGGUGGGGAAGGACUCGCUGCCCGCCUGGUUGCACUGGGAUGGUGGCAGCAGCGUCCUGCGGGGGCUCCCUCUGGAGGAGGACAAAGGAGUCCACUACAUCUCUGUGACCAUCUCCAACCACACUUCCUCUUCCUCAGAGGAGUUUUCCAUCGAAGUUCACCCGGACGACCACUUUGACAGCGACCCGUCGGUGCCGCUGUCCGGCCCGGCGGCAGCUGAGGAUCCCGUCCAGCCCUUUGUGUGUAGCAACGAGGAGCCGGUCACGGUGCUGACGGUGAUUCUGGACGCCGAUCUGACAAAGAUGAGCUCGGCGCAGCGGGUGGAGCUGCUGGACAGGAUGAGGAGCUUCUCAGGCGUGGAGCUGCAGGGCAUGAAGAUGCUGCCAGUGGUCAACAACCGGCUGUUCGACAUGUCGGCCUUCAUGGCCGGGCCAGGAAACGCCAAGAAGGUGGUGGAGAAUGGAGCUCUUCUGUCAUGGAAGCUGGGCUGCUUCCUGGACCGGACCACCGUUCCAGAUAUCAACAGUGUCCAGGGUCCAGCUAAAGAUGGAUCCAUGUCUGCCAGGCUAGGUUACCCCGUGGUGGGAUGGCACAUCGCCAACAAGAAGCCACAAAUCCCAAAGCGAGUGAGACGGCAGCUGAACAACACUCCGACGCCCGUAUUGGCUGUUCUUCCUCCAACCACGGCGGCUGAACCUCCGGUCAGGAUCGUCCCAACCCUCUCCUCUCCCUCCAUCGCUGCAUCCACAGAAAGUUCUGCCCCUCCAGUUCGGGGUCCUGUGCCUCUGCCAGGGAAGCCUACAAUCAGAAUCCGUGACCCCAUCGCCCAUACCCCGACCCUGGGCCCACCUCAGCCAACCAAGGUCGUUGUGACCACCAGCACCGUUUCCAUUCAGCCAUCCAUGUCCAGGAAGAUCCCUGUAGAGCCCACCGCCACGCCCACCAUCCCACCCAAAAAACCACCCAGGAAACCACCCAGCACCACCCCAAAGACCCCCUCACCCAAGGCCCCCACAGCCAGCACACCGUCACCUGGCGUCAUCGACGACCCAAACAACAAGAAGCCGGUGCUGAGGAACCCCAUUGACCAGGUUGUUGCACUGGUGGGAACGUAUUUCGAGGUUAAAAUCCCUUCUGAUACCUUCUUCGACAAAGAGGACGGAACCACAGACAAGCUCCGCCUGUCUCUGAAACAGAACCACAAGGAUGUGGUUGGAGAGGAGUCCUGGAUCCAGUUCAACACCACCAGCCAGCUGCUGUACGGCCUGCCGGAUGUUCAGCACCUCGGGAAGCACGAGUACUUUAUGCAGGCAACCGACAAAGGAGGCCGCAACGCCAUCGACGCGUUUGAAGUCAAAGUAAACCGCUGGCCUGCCAAUGACAAAACGCCGGUCAUUUUCACGGCCCGCUUUGAAGGAGAGCCACGGUUAAUCACCAACAACAUCCACAAGAAGAUCCUGCUGGUCAAGAAGCUGGCGUACGUUCUGGGCGACCGCAACAGCAGCACAGUGAGCCUAAGGAACAUCAGCAAAGGCUCCAUCGUGGUGGAAUGGACGAACACCAGCUUGCCGCAGCAUCUGUGUCCCAAGGAGCAGCUCAGGAACAUGAGCCGGACGCUCGGAGACGCCGACGGGAGACCCACACAGAAGUUCAGGAACUACAUGGGGCCGGACUUCAGUCCGCUGGAGGUGAAGGUGCGAGGCAGAGCCAGCUGCCGGAUGUACUCCUUCAUCCCGCCAGCAGAGGUCGACAUCCCAGAACCUUCCACGGUCACUCCAGGCCUGGGGUCGAGCCGCCACAGCACUGAUGACGUCUACCUUCACACAGUGAUCCCUGCUGUGGUGGUGGCGGCCAUUCUGCUCAUCGCAGGGAUCAUCGCCAUGAUCUGCUACAGGAAGAAGCGGCGGGGCAAGCUGACCAUCGAGGAUCAAGCCACCUUCAUCAAAAAGGGCGUGCCUAUCAUCUUCGCCGAUGAGCUGGACGACUCCAAGCCGCCCCCCUCCUCCAGCAUGCCGCUGAUUCUCCAGGAAGAGAAGCCGCCGCUGCCGCCCCCCGAGUACCCCAACAUGGCCAGCCCAGAGACCACGCCCCUCAACCAGGAGAUGCUGGGGGAGUACACCGCCCUGCGGGAUGAAGACCCCAACGCACCCCCCUACCAGCCGCCUCCUCCCUUCACGGCUCCCCAGGAGGGGAAGGGCUCCCGUCCAAAGAACAUGACCCCGUACAGGUCGCCGCCCCCCUACGUGCCGCCAUAAGGCCCGGCUGCCCUCCCCUCACGGCGGAGGGAGGCUCCAGGAACUGCGCUGGUUUCUGCUGUUUCUGUCUGGACUUUUACAGGAAGUGAUGUCAAGAGGUGCUAAAGUUCCAAAACAACGGAGGCGACGGUCUGGGUGGGGUCUGGAACGGCUUUGAGGUACUACUGGUUCUGUGGUAGCCGCCGCGCUCUGAUCCCAGCGGGCCGCUGACCCGACCCAGAGGAGACCACCGGGAGACCUGCUCUCCCUCUCAGCAUUUCAGCUUUUUCUACAUUUGAGAACUGGAUUUGACUUUUCUUCUUUUUCCCCGAUAACUUUUAUUUUUCACUGGACUGAAGCGUUGCCUAACAGCCGUUGUGUCCUGCUAGCGUCACCAGACACACACACGUCUUCUGAAACAUCGGAUCCUCGUCCCAACCCCAAGCUCUCCGAUCGAAGGGAAGCCCAGGUGUGUGUGUGUGUGUGUGCGUGCGUGUGUGUGUGUGUGAGAAUGAGUGUGUGUGUGUUUAUUGGGAUUCAUAACGGUUUGCCUUUUAACUCGGUUUGUCUGUUUUUAUUCUUAUUCACAAAGUCUAGCUGAGAAUAACAAGGUAGAGAUGAAUAAUCGUUUGUUUUGUUGGUUUUAAGUUCACUGUUCGUCUGGAAGACUUUUUAUUUGGUGGAGCGAAGUGGGAGAGAAAGAAUUAUCUUCCAAAAUAUUAACAGGUGAUUUUUUUUAUUCCUGUUUUUCUACAAGACAAAUCAGACACAACUUUCAGUCCGGUCCUCUGAGACGAGAGAAACCAGGCAGUAAGAUCAACGACGGGAAUCCUGUGGGAACCGGUUUGAGCCAGUUUGAACCGAUGGGAAGCGGUUUGAACCGAUGGGAAGCGGUUUGAACCGGUUUCCAAUGGAAAGCAAUUUCCAGUGGAAAUCGGUUCCAAUAAUCGACCAUCCAAACAAUUUGGAUAUCAAAAAACCCAGACGUGUGACAGAGAACGGAUUUAAAUGUUUUAUUUCUCCGGUCCCGGUCAGACGCUCCAUGGUCGGUAUUUAAAUAAUCCAGUUUGGACAGAAGGCCGUCCACAUCCCGCCCGAUGGGUUACAGGCGGUAACCAGAGCAACCGACAGU